AUGUCUUAAAAUGACAGACAAUUUGGUAUUGAGUUUGCUUACGUAAUAAUGGACAAGCUCAACAAGGAGGCAUCAGCGUAAACAAACUUGUGUCCAGUAGCAGUGACCUCGGCGUUACCCUCAGUAAUCACUAGUGGACGAUAUAAUGUUUAGAAGGUCCCACAAAUCAUUUGGGCGUUAGUACAAUCUGUAAUAGUCAAGUUAGGCUCGGGGGCGUAAAGUGCAGUGGUUCGUUCAUGUUAAAAUUAAGGUCGAUAAAAGAGCUCCGCCUUCACCUGACCCAACAUGCGACCCAGCCCACGCAUGACGUCACAGUGUGAACAGGUCAAGAGGCUGCCCGGUUGUAGCCGUUUCUGUGUCAACAGGUGUCAAAAUGCCCACUAAUUGUGCAGUGUAUGGGUGCAAUUCUUUGUUCAAAAGAGGCGGGGAGAUACGCUUUCAUGCAUUCCCUAAUGAUAAAAAACUAAAACGCAAGUGGGUUAACCUCUGCAAGAGAAAGGACUUCAUCAAUACUGCUACUGCUCGGAUAUGCAGUCGUCAUUUUGAACCAACUGCGUAUGUGAGAAAUCUCAAAUAUGAAUUACUUGGGGUUCCACCACCAAAAUCACAAAUAAAACUCAAAGAAGGCGCGUUACCAACACUACGCUUACCAUCAUCACAAGAUAUUUCUGAAUUUAGUUCAAGCAUCAUCAGGACCAUGGCGGAAAUUAUUGACCUCUCAGAUGAUGACGUUGUAAUAGAAGAAAUACCCAAAAGAAAAACGUCUUCUGGUGUGAAGAGGCCAUUUCGCUGUUUAAACUCUGAUUGUCGCACUGAGAAAGAUUUAAUUCGUGCUGAAGAAUAUAUCCGUCGAUAUUUUGGGGUGCUGUCAUAUCCAAAGAAAAAGCGAGUAUGUUACAACUGCAUGGGCGAGGCCAAGUCUCAACAAGAUUCUUUGGUCGAGACUCUGCGUGCAAGACGACUACUGCUGGCGGAGAAGUUGCCACCCCCGAGAACGACUGUUGUGCUGACAGACUCUGACUCCGAUCCUUCUGACAGUGGUACCCUCAGCGAAGAAUCCGAGUAUGAAUAUGAGUGUGACGAUGGCAAGAGUCUUGAGGAAACCAUCAUUGAACUAACCCGGGAGUUGGGGUUGGAUAGACAGAUCACAGAAGGCACUAAGCAUCUUGAGGAGCGACUCUUGGCCGUACAAGAGGGUUUUGACAAAUUACAUACAGAAGAGUACUCAAAAAUUGAAGCUGAUCUUGACAAUGUUCGCAAGGAUUUCUACAACAACUUCCGUCCAGAAAUUAUGUGGCAACCUGCUCUGGAUAUUGGGCCAUCAAGCACCAUCUUACAGCAGGAUGGGACCGGAGAGGUGAUUGCAGAACCAUCUGUAUAUUUCCCCACUGAGAACCUGCCUCCAGUUGGACCUCUGCAUCGCUGGGAAUUACAGCCCGAUGAACUGGUGUUCUCCAUGAAGUACUCCCUCUUUGCCCGCUGGGUCCAGGCACAAGUUAUCGAGGUGGAAAAACGAGAAGUCAAGGUAAGGAAUACAACUUACAAGAUCCGUUACAACCGUAAUGCCAAAGGUUCAGGUCUUCCAAGGGUCAUGCCCGGUCGUCAACUCGCGUAUAUUAAUCCCUGUGCGACUCGUAUCCCAGUUGGCACUCGUGUUAUAGCGAAGUACAGAGAUGAAGACCCCAAAAAUACUACAAUCUCUGGUUCAUUUUAUGUUGGUGUGGUGGCUGAGAUUCCUACUGCAGCUAAUAAAUACAGAUAUUUGAUCUUCUUUGAUGACGGAUAUGCCCAGUAUGUACUUCACUUUGACAUACGAGUUGUAACUGAAAGCUCUGCUUGCCCUUGGGAGGAUGUAUCCUCUGACUCUCGGGAAUUCAUCAAGGAGUACCUGCAAAUGUACCCAGAGAGACCCAUGGUACGCCUUCAGAAGUGGAACUACGUCAAAACAGAGUGGAAUGGAAGAUGGUGGAAGGCCCAAGUCAAGGAGGUUGAUGGGUCACUAGUCAAAAUGUUCUUUCCCUUGGAUGGACGGUCAGAAUGGAUCUACAGAGGGUCGACUCGACUAAGUCCACUCUUCAACAAGAAGUUGAAUAUUCAGGCACAAUCUGAACAGCCACUAAGAACCAUCAGGAGACGUACGGCAGCCAUCCCAGGAAGGGCUGUGGUGGAGUAUGGAACGUUCGGUCAAGGCCAAGACCCAGACGCAGCUGUGCCUGGUAAAUUUGUACAGCCUCCUGGUGUUGAAACAACUGGUGAGAGGAGGUCUGUUGCACGAAAGAGUACAUCUUCUCGACCAGGCACACCACCUAAGGAAGUACAAAUCAGAGUGGAACAAGAAUCCAAAGGCUUCACAAAUAAACAUUCUUUCCUGGAAAGGAUUCUAAAGUUUAUCUCACACGUGUGUGCAGCCAAGUGCCUUGGUGCUCAGGGAGACAGUAUGGAUAAACACAAAGGCCUUUCACCUCUCCUCUACCCACUCCUGUUUUCUUGGCACAGACAAAUUGUGAAACAGCGUCGCAAGACUACCUCCAAAAACGAAGUAUAUUAUGUAGGACCGUGUGGCCGGCGUCUGCGCUCCGUAGAGGAAGUAUUUCGUUACCUCCGAGAAACAGAAUCCAGACUGGAGAUUGACUGCUUUACUUAUGAGUUGUCUAUUGAUGUAUCUCAUGAGUGGGAGCCAUUUAAACAGAUUUUGAACAUUGAGGACUUGUCUAAAGGUGAAGAAAAUGUCCCAAUCUCAUGUGUGAACUCCCUGGAUGAUACUCCUCCUCAACAGCUAACGUACUGUAAUGUACGUCUCCCCACGGAACAUGUACCUCUGAAUUUAGAUCCUGAGUUUCUGGUUUGUUGUGACUGCACUGAUGACUGUCUGGACAAAUCUAAGUGUUCUUGCUGGCAGCUGACGAUACAGGGUACUCGCAUCCUGGAGCGGCAUGAGAACGAUAGUGCUGGUUAUCACUAUCGCCGACUGUUUGAACAAGUUCAGAGUGGUAUUUAUGAAUGUAACUCAAGAUGCAAGUGCAGUAGCCAUUGUUUGAACCGUGUCGUACAACACCCGCUGAGAUUAAAACUUCAGUUAUUUAAGACAGCGAGACGAGGUUGGGGUGUUCGGACACUCCACGACAUCCCGAGAGGAGGUUUUAUCUGCGUCUACGUUGGCAGGAUGUUAAAUGAAGCUAUUGCUAAUGAGGAAGGAAAAAUAAAUGGGGGAGAUGACUACUAUGCUGAGCUGGAUUAUAUUGAGGUGAUGGAGAAUGCUAAAGAAGGAUAUGAAGAAGAGGCAACCAAUCCUGAUGAUGAUAAUGGAAACAAUUACCAGCCUGAUGAUAGAAAUUUGGGAUCGGACUCCAACGAAAGUGAUGGUUUCUACAGUGAGAAUGAAGUUGACAACCCCAAAGAGGAUCACGACUUUAAUCAGCCAUCACACAUGAGAAAAGUUGGAGUUGCAAAGCGGGAAAAGUCUGCUCGUCUUCAAGAACGUGCCAAGCGCAAGAAAACUCUACUACCAGAUAUUGGUAAGGAAGAUGGUAGUGGGUCAGGCUCGGCUGCUGCCUCAGAUGAAGACAACAAUAAAAAAAACAAGAAAAAGGAAAAUGGAAAAAGUCAAAAGAAGAGAGCAGAAAAGGAAGACAAAAAAGAUGAUAAUAUGAAUAAGAAGGAGGAGGAGAAGGAAGAAGAGAAAAAGUCUAAUGAAGCGGCGGAGGAGGAGAAAAGAGACGGGUCAGAGUCUUCGGAUGGUUUAGAUGAUCAAUCAGAUGAGGGAGAAGAUGAGGCUGAUGAGAAACAGCGGCGGCCACAGACUUUUGUACCGAGUCAGUUAUUAGCCUCGGCCAAUGUGGUUAGACCAAACCAAAGUGUCCGUGAUUACUUUGGCAAGGAUGAAGCUGUAUACAUCAUGGAUGCCAAGCACACUGGCAACAUUGGCCGCUUUCUCAAUCAUUCCUGUGAACCCAACGUGUUUGUCCAGAAUGUCUUCGUGGAUACUCAUGACCUUAGAUUCCCCUGGGUUGCAUUUUUUGCCAUAAGUAACAUCCGGGCAGGCACAGAACUGACCUGGGAUUACAACUAUGAGGUUGACAGUGUCCCGGGCAAGGUCAAGUACUGUUACUGUGGGGCAAGAAAGUGCCGAGGAAGAUUACUCUAAUGUGUUUUUCUGAUACUGAAGCUCGUUAAAAAAAAUAAAAAUACAUAGCAGUGUAUCUCCUGUGGUGCUUGAAGUAUUAUUGAAGAUUAAAUUAACACUGUAUAAUUAAUCAUUUUGUUCAGCCUCAAGAAUCUACAAUGCUUGAGACUCAACUCUCCAGAUUUCUGAUUUUUCUGGAUACACUUUAUGUACUUAUAGGCAGCCUUACUGUUGGCAGGUUUUUUUUAACUAGUUUUCAAUCAGUUUUGAAACUGUUUGGGUUUUUCUGUAAUCAUUGGUCCAGAAAUAAGACUGUUGUUGGCAAUACCACUCACACAUCACUUUAUCAUGGUCCACAGAUUUUGUAGUGUUGAUACUCAGAAAUUCCUUUGUUUGUGUCACUUUCAGCUUGCACUUUAUUUCCUAGAGUAAUCACUUGGCAUUGAUUUCUUACUAGAUGCCAUAGUGAGGGUAAGUUAAAUGUGAAAUAAAUAAAAAUUCUUGGAGGUACUGUGAGCUUCCUCCUGCUGAAGGUUGACGAGGACUGGAACCUCUCAGAAUAUCUAAGAUGGGCACGCAGUUGGAAAUCAGGAAGCACCACUGAUGUCCUACACCCACUCCUUCUGAAACUGUCCUUUAAAAUUUCUGAAGAUUUUUCAGAGGUCGAGAACAGCAGGAAUCAUGAUUAAAUUUUAUUUUGUUAUAAUGUUUGAAGAAUAAUGUGCGCUUAAUACCUUUACUAAUGUGCACUGACAGAUUUCUAAAUGGCAGGUUGGGGGAGGGGUGCACUUGUAGAUCCAACUGCCAGUAGGGUGUUCAGUUAUUAAAGAACAUUAAAACACCCAGGCUUUCAUGUUAGAGGACUAAUGAUAUAUAAAAGAUUCAAUAUAAACAUUGUAUUUCCUUUAAUAUAUUGUAGUGCCCCCUCAUACCCAUCAGUCCUACUGUAUUAUUGCAGUAUUUUGAUAUUUUUAUGAGCAAAAUAGGAGGAAUUUUAGCAUGACUGUUCAUUGCUACAAAUUUUCAGAUAUAAAUAUAAAUUUGAUUGUCUUCAUUUAUACCACAAUAGCUAGUCCUAUUUUGUCCAAGAUUUAUGAAACUUCCAAAAAUAAAGUAAAUCCUUUUUAAA